GCCCGUUGCGUAACUACGUGGAUGAACGUCAACAUGGCUGAAUCCAUGCGAGCAGCUGCUGAAGAGUUGAUGUGGCACAGAAGAGCACCGGUGGCAGUGAACUUGAGCUUUAAAAAAUAUAUUUUUUUGUAGAUUAAGUUGUACAGAUCAGGUCACCAUGUAUCUCCAGAAGAUGUUCUCCUGUUCUCAGUUUUUAGCGAGAACUAAUGCUAUGCAAGCAUUCAUAAGAGCUGCUUCACAAGGCAAAAUGCCGCUGGCACGGGCGCACGGUAAGUCAUUUGCUCACCGAAGUGAGCUGCGCCAGGCCAAGAGAAUCGUCGUCAAGUUGGGGAGUGCUGUCGUAACCCGAGGCGACGAGUGCGGCCUCGCUUUGGGCCGACUCGCUUCAAUUGUAGAACAGGUGGCCGUGCUUCAGAAUCAGGGUAGAGAGAUGAUGAUUGUGACCAGUGGUGCUGUAGCAUUUGGAAAACAAAGGCUGAGGCAUGAAAUUCUUCUCUCACAGAGUGUCAGACAAGCCCUGCACUCAGGCCAGAAUCAGCUCAAAGAUAUGUCACUGCCAGUUCUAGAGGCGAGAGCGUGUGCCGCUGCGGGACAAAGACUUUACGACAGCCCACCAGGGUCAGACGAUGCCAAGCUCCUGGACACAUUUUACCCUGGCGACCAGCAUUCCAUAACCUACGGCACAAAGUCCAGGGUCGGCAUUGGAGGAAUGGAAGCUAAGGUUAAAGCUGCUCUCUGGGCUCUCCAAGGUGGGACGUCUGUUGUCAUUGCUAACGGUACACACCCCAAAGUCACGGGUCAUGUGAUCACUGACAUUGUUGAGGGAAAGAAAGUAGGAACCUUCUUCUCAGAGGUCAAGCCAGCUGGUCCCACAGUCGAGCAGCAGACAGAAAUGGCUCGCUCUGCUGGCAGGACCCUUGCUUCCCUUGAACCAGAGCAGAGAAGUGACAUCAUUUGCACAUUGGCUGAUCUCCUUACUGAGAGAAAAGAUGAAAUCUUAUCUGCCAACAAAAAGGACAUGGAGCAUGCUGUUAGCACAGGUCGUCUGUCUCCAGCCAUGCUGAAGCGACUCAGUUUGUCAUCGUCUAAACUGAACAGUCUGUCCAUCGGCUUACGUCAGAUUGCAGUGUCCUCUCAGGACAGCGUUGGCAGGGUUCUGCGCAGGACUCGUGUGGCAAACAAACUGGAGCUGGAGCAGAUCACUGUCCCCAUAGGAGUACUACUGGUCAUCUUUGAGUCACGACCAGACUGCCUUCCUCAGGUUUCUGCUUUAGCCAUUGCCAGUGGAAAUGCUCUUUUGUUGAAAGGUGGCAAAGAGGCGGCCAACACAAAUCGCAUCCUGCAUGAACUCACUCAGGAGGCUCUGUCUAUCCAUGGAGUCAAAGAUGCCAUCCAGCUGGUGAGCACGCGUGAAGAGGUGGAGGAUCUGUGCCGUCUGGAGAAGAUGAUUGAUCUGAUCAUUCCCCGCGGCUCCUCUCAGCUAGUCAGAGAUAUUCAGCGUGCAGCUAAGAGCAUCCCUGUUCUUGGCCACAGUGAGGGGAUCUGCCAUGUUUAUGUGGACCAUGAGGCCAGUGUUGACAAAGCCAUCAAGAUCAUCCGAGACUCUAAAUGCGACUACCCUGCAGCCUGUAAUGCCAUGGAAACCCUGCUGGUGCAUCGAGAUCUUCUCAGAACCCCAUUGUUUGAUCAGAUCAUUGACAUGCUGAGAACAGAACAUGUGAAGAUCCAUGCCGGCCCCAAGUUUGCAUCGUAUCUGACCUUCAGCCCGUCAGAGGUCAAGUCUCUGCGUACUGAGUACGGGGAUCUGGAGUGCUGUAUCGAGGUUGUGGACAGUAUGCUGGAGGCUGUUGAUCACAUCCAUAAAUACGGCAGUUCCCACACUGAUGUUAUCGUCACUGAAAAUGAGGACACAGCAGAGCAGUUCCUUCAGCAAUUAGAUAGUGCCUGUGUCUUUUGGAAUGCCAGCUCACGGUUCGCUGACGGAUAUCGUUUUGGUCUCGGUGCAGAGGUUGGCAUCAGCACGGCUCGUAUUCAUGCCCGUGGGCCUGUGGGGUUAGAAGGGCUUCUCACUACCAAGUGGGUCUUACGGGGCGAGGGCCAUACAGCUGCAGAUUUCUCUGAGCAGGGCAGCAUGACAUAUCUGCACGAGAAUCUUCCGGUGGCGCAGGUUCUUCCUGGAUGCAGAACCACUAGCUAGAGUUGUGAAGUAAAAGCAUGUACAGUCAAGAAUCAAAUACAUCUUAUUUAAGUAAAAGUUCACCCACUUAAAAUCUAUUUAAAGACUCCAAUCAGGCAGUGUAUUUGGAGUAAGUGCGAAUACAAAGAAAAUCAUCUGUGGAUGGAGAGCCGUUCAAUGAACCCAUACAUUUAAAUUUUCCCAGAUACACCCAUUUUAGUCAAGUGUGUCUUGUUCUCAGAAAGAACCAGACGAACGUAUAGCUACAGAAACUCAGAAGGGUCAUGCAAAGAUGACAAGGGAAUUUGCUUAAAGCUGUAAUCCAUCUGAUUGUUUUUGUCAUUUUUGUUAUGAUUUGUGCGUUGUAUUAUGUUCUUUUGAGUAGCAAAACGAAUUACUGAUCAUGGAAAAAAUAAUGACAGCUUCACUCCAGUAUGGAGUUAAUGAAAAGAGGCCUCCCGAAUUGCCCCUGUUAUAUAUUUAUGUCAUAUUUAAUGUGUGAAAAUGCAGUAGGAAUUUCUAAAUGAAAUUUCAUGACAAAAAUUGGAGCAUUAAAAAUCAUUGUGCCAUUUUACAGCAUAUUGUGUACACGUAAUUUCAGCUUUUAUGGGAAAAAUAUAUACAUCACAUUUAAAAAAAACUGUUAUUAACUAAAAAAAGAAUAUUUUUCAUGUGGCAGUACAAGUCAUAUACAGUAAAAGAUAAGAAAACUAUCAACUGAAAAAGAAACUAGAAUUUUAAAGCUGCUUUGUCUGGAUAAGUUACUUUUAUUGAAGAGAAAACGCAAGAAAAGCAAUCUUCCUUGCAUUUUUUUUUUUUACUCAUUGCUUUUUAAUCAUGAUUAAUAGGCAGAACUGUUAGCAUUUCUGUUACUGCUGUAAAACUCACCCGGGACGGCCAGCUUUUGUCCUGAACUGCUUCAAAAAGGCCUCGUUUCCGUACUUUAAAGUGCUGUAACGCUCUACAAAAUAGUGGUGCUUAUAGUGUGAAAAGUGUUCUGAAGAUGUUCACAAUUUUUGUAUGUAGAAUAAAUUUCUUUUUUGUACUUUCAAAAAGACCUGAAAGUUUAAUUUGUACCUGAAAGAGGUUUGGAGAAGGGUUUAGGGAGGAAACCGACAAGUAUUGGGCCCAUUUUGAACUUGAUUAAUAAUCUUUCUUAAGUGCAGUUCAGUGUGGAAAACAUCAAGAGGCUUUUCUGUAGGGAGAGAGAGAAUUGCCAACACUAAGUGGGACAUGGAAGAGUGAAAACAAUACUACAGAGGAUUAAUUGUGUUGCUAUUAGGAAAGAAGAGACUGGGAGAAGACUGAGGCUUGCCAUGAAAGUGCCAGUGCCUUUUGACUCACAAGUUCUUUUUAUUCUCCAAAAUGUGCGGUUUACCCUCAAUGAGCCUUCAUCAGAAACUAAAAAGAUCCAGAGAUGAAGAGAAACUAAGUCUCAUUCAUCUGUUAUUGUGUUCCAACUUUACUGCGUAAGAUCUAUGAUCAAUGACUGUUUGGAUGAAAGAGGUUAAAAAAUGCUCAAAUGAGGACAAUGUUACUGCCAAAUCAGGAGAUGGAAAUACAGGUGCAGAAGUAAGAAAGUAAAAUUAUGACUAACAUGAGAAACCAAGCUUGCAGUGCUGAUUUU